AUGGUUAAACAAACAAUACAGAUAUUUGGUCGCAUUAAGCCCACGAAGAAAACUGUGGUGGUGUACUCGGUGGACAGUAAGGAGCAAACAGGUGCCUCUCUGGAGUUUGUGGUGCCGAGGGACCUGGCUGAUGGCUUUGUUAAUAACAAGAGGGAAUGCUACAAGUUCAGGUUCCAAAAAAUAUUUGACCAGCACACCAAACAAGAGGACAUAUUUGAAGAUAUUGCUAAACCAGUAGCAGAAAGUGUACUGGCUGGCUAUAAUGGCACCAUAUUUGCUUACGGCCAGACAGGCAGCGGAAAAACCUUCACCAUCACAGGGGGCGCCGAACGAUACUGUGACCGUGGCAUAAUUCCUCGCACUCUGUCCUACCUGUACGAGCACUUCAAUGAGGACAGCAGCAUGGUAUACACCACACACAUAUCCUACCUGGAGAUCUACAAUGAGGUGGGGUAUGACCUUUUGGAUUCCCGGCACGAGGCAUCUCGACUGGAGGACCUCCCAAAAGUAAUAAUAAGAGAGGAUCCAGAACAGAACAUCCAUCUCAGGAACUUGUCUCUGCAGCAGUCGGCAAACGAAGAGGAGGCUCUGAAUCUCCUCUUCCUGGGUGACACCAAUCGUAUGAUUGCAGAAACUCCCAUGAACCAGGCUUCCACUCGCUCACACUGUAUUUUUACCGUGCACAUCUGCAGGCGUGAACCUGGCUCGGCCACCCUGCGGCAAUCCAAACUCCACCUGGUGGACCUGGCUGGGUCGGACCGGGUUAGCAAGACAGGUCUAGAUGGGCAGCUACUCACUGAGGCCAAAUAUAUCAACCUCUCACUCCACUAUCUGGAGCAGGUGAUAAUAGCAUUGUCAGAGAAGAACCGCUCCCACAUCCCAUACAGAAACUCAAUGUUGACAUCGGUUUUGAGGGACAGCCUUGGGGGCAACUGCAUGACGACUAUGAUCGCCACGCUGGCAGUUGACAAAAGGAACCUUGAUGAAUCCAUCUCUACGUGUCGCUUUGCUCAGCGUGUGGCUCUCAUUAAGAAUGAGGCGAUACUGAAUGAAGAGAUGGAUCCUGCCCUGCUGAUUGCACAAUUGAAAAGAGAGGUUGUGUCACUGGAAGAAGAGCUGGCAAUGGUGACAGGACAGCAGCGAAAUGAUCGGCUAACUGCUGAAGAGAUUUGGAAGUUAGAGGAGCUGGUAAAGGCUUUUAUUAAUGACCCUGAUCCAGAUGUGACACUCUCACUGGGACCAGACAUGAGGAAAAUUCAACGCUGUUUCUCCCUACUGAAGUCAAUGCUUUUGGACAAACAAGGUGAACGAAAUGUGCGCAGUGAGCUACAACAUUCACCGACAGGAAGGAAAGAAAGUGUCAACACAACAGAAGUGGCUACAUUAAAGGAGAUGCUUAAGCAACGUGACAAUGAGAUAAGUAUCCUAGUGAAGAUCUUGAAAAAAGAAAAACAACGGGCAGAUGAUGCUACAGCUCAGCUUGGUAACAUCACCAAUUGCAAAAAUCUGUCCUCCCAGACGUCCUCGAGCAUGUCAAUGGUGUCCCAGUUAAAAGAGGCAAAUGUGGACUUCUUUCUAGAAAAGCAUGGAGGACAAGCGUCCACAAAGCUUCAGAUGAAUGAAGGAAAAGUGGAAACCUUAACGGCAGAAUACGGUGGAAGAAUGUUCACACUGCCACAGUGGAAAGAUGGAAACACAGACAUCUUGUUCACAAACUGUGCAGAACAUGCAACCCCAGUGUUUCAAUUUCGAAGAAGAAAUGAAAAUGUCUUUGCAGAUGAUGAAAGAGUGUCUACAAACCAGCAGAUGAUAGACAGGAAGAUGGACACCUUUCCAGUGAACCAUGAAGCUUUUACAAGUCUCCAGUUGAAAGAAAGAAACUUCCAAACGAACCAUUCAAGACAAGUGUCUGCCUCGUCUCAGGUGAAAGAGGAAAACAUGGACACCUCCCCAGAAGUCCAUGGAGGACAAAUGUUAACGAGGCCACAAUUAAAAGUAGAAAACAUGGACAUCCAUAUUUUACAACAUGGAGGACAAGCUGCUCAGUGCAAGAAAAGAGGCCCACAAUUUUCCAUGGGGAAACAGGAAGCCUUUGAGAUCUUUAUUAGGGAUCAUGAGGAGCAUCUAACCAUUGAGGACAACAAAAAGAUACUCAAAGAAAGAUCAGCUGAAGCCAGAAAACUUGGAGAACAACUUGGGGAAACCAAAAACCGAAUCAAUGAGUUGAAGAAGCAGUUAGAGAUGCGGAGGAAACAGAAGGCAGUUCACGAUAUGAUGGGAACUCACGCACAGGAGGAGUUGGACCCUGUGGAAGAAAACCUGCGCAAACAGAUUAAAGACGAAAAAACAGCUUAUAAGAACACUAUAGGGUGCCUAAAAGCUCUGAAGACGGAGAUUGAGCACCUGCAGCUGUUGUUGGAGAGGGUGAAGGUCAAGAUUCAGAAAGAUUUCCAGAAGUGGUGGAGCCAGGAGGCUUCUAAUUUGCAGGAAUCUGAGUUGGGAGCUGCAGCCAGAUGUAACACGGCUUCACCAAAUGGAUCCUUGCUGCCAUCUUCACCUGGCACUCCAGGAUUUUGUUCUUCUGCAUUGAGCAGCACAAUGAAAGAAUCUCCAACAGACCGAGACACAAAUCCAGACCGAGCAGUCUCUUUAUCUUUAACUCAAGAUCUGAGAAGCCCUGUCCCCAUUAACGUCCCCAUGGCAGCCGGGCUGAAUAAGUCUCUAGAUGGGAAGAUGGAUCCUGACUUCAAGCCUUCUGCUGAAUGGAGGGAUCUCGCUACAACAACAAUCACAUCAUCUUCUAUUCCACUGACUGGAGAUCAGCAAGUUGAUGCAGAUAUCCUGGCCUUUGUCAUGGCUCGGAAAAACCUCCUCAGCAGGAUAGGCCAAUCUCAAACGUGAAAUGAAGAC